CUGGAGCAGUGAACAAUCGCGACUUGAGCGCUUCGGUGGUGCGGUCAAAGAGCUUGAAUCGGGAAUCCAGGAUGUCGCCCCUACUGCGCAGUCUGUGCAUCAACUCGCUCCUGCUUCUCCUCUCGGUCUGCCUUCUCCAGGCCCUGGAGCUCCAGCUGCACGAGCGGCAGCUGCAGCAGCAAAAAGACGAGCAGCUCCGGAUGCAGGCGGCGCAGCGUCAGCGUGACCAGCAACGGGAGCUGGAGGCACAGCAAAGGCGCCUGUCCUCCACGACCACCAGUCGAAAGCCAUACAUAAUUCCCAACGGGCUGUCCCUGCCCCGCCGAGGAGAGCAUCCGGACAAAUGCUACCGGGAAGUGCCUGCUGUCUUCUUUCAGUACGACAAGGAGGUAAAGAUUGUGGGCAACAGCACCACUAAUCCCUAUUUCAACGUGAUCGAGGUGUGCUGCAAGGGCUGGCGGCGCUACGAGUACGACUGGAGCCGAUGCGUUCCCGACUGCGGCGAGCGCUGCCAGGAGAACGGCUUCUGUGUAGCGGGAGGCCUGUGCCAGUGCUUCGACGACUUUGUGCUGAACUACCGCAACAACUGCGUACCCACCUGCCCACUUGGCUGUCCCCACGGGCGCUGCUUCCUGAACGGCACCUGCCUGUGUGACAAGGGCUACGAGCUGGACGGUUCGCGCCGCUUCUGCCAGCCACAAUGCAACGCCACCUGUGGCCACAACGAGGUCUGCCUGGAGCCGGGCAAGUGCUCCUGCGCCGAGGGUUUUGCACGUGGCCUGCGCGAAUCCUCAGCACUCGGAUGCCAGCCUGUGUGCAUUCCCGACUGCGGCUACGGUCACUGUGUGGGUCCGAACGAGUGCGAGUGCUUUCCGGGAUAUCAGAAGCGGCUCAAUAGGAGCUCUUGCGAGGCUCAUUGCUACAAACGCUGCGAGAACGGCUUUUGCGCUAACUUUACGGCCUGCGUGUGCCAGAACGGAUAUCGCUACGACGAGAAUACGACGAGCUGCCUGCCGGACUGUGGGGACACCUGCGAUAACGGGGUCUGCAUCUCGCCGGGCAACUGUCGCUGCUUCAAUGGCUACGUCCGGAACCGGGAGCGCUGCGACGCAGUCUGCGAGCGGGGUUGCGGCUUCUACGGCAAGUGCAUAGCUCCGGACGUCUGCGGAUGCGCUGUGGUGCCGGGUCCGGACCGCACGUACCAGAAGUGCGAGUUCGGACUCUGCAACGCCGAGGGACGCUGCCGCUGCCAGGUGGGCAAGACGCGCUUCAUCGACAAGUGCAUGUCGCCGGACACGGUCACCACCUACGCCUCGAUGAACCCCGUACGGGUAAACGCCUCGCUGAUCCAGGAAUUCAAUCUGCUCAUAGGCAGGCACUUUGUGUUGGGCGGCUCCAACCUCGUCUACAACUCCAUGUGGUGGCUCUGAGAUAAGCCCUUGUUUUUGCUCGCACUUUCAGCGGCGGAAGAAAACACUAAUAAACACUGAAAUAUUUCUCAAUUGUUGUAGCCUUAUCAGUAGGUCAUACCCAUA